AUGUUACCUCCAACCGUCAUCAGAACUUGUCCUUCGCUGGACGACGACUUUCAGCCGUUGAGUGAGUACCAAGCUCAAACUCCGGAAACAUUCUUCGACGGAAAGCCAAUUCUAUACUACCACGACGAGAAUGUGAAGGCGUGGGUCUCGGCAGAACAACAUGAUCUCUUGUAUAUCUUCUCCAAGCCACCUGAUGACGCCAAUACGCCACUAAGCCCUUCCCCACCGGAGUCCUAUGCGCUCGAAAACAACGGCGGGCAACACUUGCGUGAGGAGAAAGUCGAGGUAUUCGUUGCGUCGAAGCGAAGCGGAGCUGGCAUCGAGAUACCAUACCCUGCUAUCACGCUCCACGCAAUAAAGAACUUCCGCCACGCGGAGAGACCUGAUGAUGCUUCAUUCAAGUUCAUUGGAGUCUACAUGCAGAUCGAUUUUCCAGGAUCGGGAGAAGAGGAUGAUCAAAGCUUUGAUCCCAUUGAACUCACCCUUAUCCCCUUCAAGGCAUCCUCUACGGAGACUUCGGUCGUUGAUCCUGUGAAUAGCGAAAGGGCUACUGCUUUGUUUAACCAGGUAUCUGCGUGCUCUAACUUGCAUCCCGAUCCCCAGGACGAAGAGGAAGAGGACGAAGGAGAAGACAGUUUCGAUCGUAUCGUCUUUGAAGGAAAUGUUGAGGGCGAAGCCAUAGAAGGGUUACCCGGUGCUUUUCGAGGGGAUGUCAAUGGCGGUCUCCCACCCCCAAUGCCGGGAAGCUCUGGUUGGAUCACCGCCGAGAACGUCAAUCAAUACUUCGAUGGAGACGGCAACUGGAUCGGAGAGAAUGGUGGAAGUGGUGAGCUUGGAGAUGGAGCAGGCCGUGUCCGAGGGCGUGACGAAGUGGAGGGAGACGGUGCGGACGGUCAAGUAAACGGCGAUGACGUUGACUUGAAACGUCCACGAACCGAAUGA